UAAGGUUUCUGUUCCUUUUGGUGUUUUAACUGUUCCUGGUGGGUUAUAUCUUAUUUCAAUCUACAUUUACUACAUUAAUACAACUUCCUGGAUGGUUCUUAAUACUUUUUCCUCUUAACCUCUCUCUAUUUCACUUUGUUCAUCAUUAACUUCUAACUCGUGAGUGUGGCCUCCUUUUUUCCAUCCCUAUAAUUCAUUGACAUGAGUAAAACCAAGCCUCUCCUUUUGUAGACAUAACCCAAACACUGUUGGCUUCAUAAUGAAUGGCGUAGGCGUUGGAACAUGCAGACUGAGUACAGAAGUGUAUUUUUUCCUCCGAACCUAAACACAACUCUGGUUUAGUGUGUUUAAAAUGAAUUGGUUUCAGCUGUGCCUUCUUCCUCCCUGUUCCCUUUUCCUGAGGUGAUUAAACGAUCACGUGUCUGGAGUUCAAUUGCAUCACUGUGUCAUGGGAGUACUGGACACUUUAGACUUGUCACGGUCAUGAGAAAGUUGUUGUCCUGUGGAGUUACAUGUACUGCUGAUGUAGCUGAAUGAUGGAAAAUGGUGCUGUUUAUCAGUUUGCAGCAUACCGCUAGACUAAGUCCUGGCGUUAUGCGCCAACCUUUAAUUAGUGGAGAUUAGAAGCAGUUUGGUGUGAUUAUGUGAAAUUACUGAUGCUGUACAGUCAUUUCAGAGUAGAUGGUUGCUUGUGGCUUGGUCACUCUGGUUGGUUUGAGUUGGAAUGGAAAGGGUCUCAUGCUGAACUCCUGUUUCAUCUGGGUCUCAAACUGGACUUCUCUUUAUUUAUUUAUUUUUCUUGAUGCGUGUUAAAAACUGUGUAAAGAUUAACAUGCUGCAGUUCACACAUGAAAUUUGCAGUAUUUUAAUCACUUAAAUAUCAAGUGUAAAUAAGUGUUAUAUUUUUCUUUCUCACAAAAAACCAAUAAGUCAAUUCCCCUUGGUUCAAAAUACACAAUUAUUAAAUUGAACAACAUGCUUAACAGCUGUGAUUGAUUAUAUUGGCUUGAAAAUCUCAAAACCCAAAAUUCAAUUUACAGAAUUACUGAGAUUUUAAACAACUUGGUGCAUUCAAGCACCCAUUGAAUUACUCAGGACACCAUCAGCGACCAAAAGGUCAAGUUUUCAGUACAAAUUACUAGCUAAAGGAAAAGUACCAUACCAAGUAAUAAUCUGAUAAUGUAACUGCUGAGCACUCUUUAUUUUCCAGAACAAGACACAUUGGACAAGUGAAAUGAUGAUAUUGUUGUCAAAUUGUGAGGCGGCUUCCCAAAUGCCUCUGCAACAAAUCAAAAACAACCACAGCUUUUUGCGUAAGAGUUUUGAAAUGCCAGUGUUUCACGUUUGUUAUGCAACAGCUGAAUGUGCACGUUUGGCAGCAUCCUCUCGAGCCUUUAAAGUACCAGCAUUCCACUUUUCAUCAUCACAACUAGAGGAAGUUCAUGAGUAGUCUGGCUGUCAGAAAUCCCACUGGAAUGCUACAAGUCCUCUAGAAGCUCAACAGGAAAGGUGGCGAGUUGCUGAUAAAGUGGUGUGGUGAACAAUAAGGGAAACGUUUACAAGCUGCUUUUGGUUGCCAGUUGGUGAAAACUAUUUCCAAUGCAGUUUCCCUCUUCAUGGUUUCUUCGUGGGAAUCCUGUGUUUUUUUUCUCCUUUUUGCAAGCUUUCCUCCUCUGUAACCUGCAGUAAACGGGUCUAGUUCAGUUCUUGUAAAAUGCAUAGUUAAGGUUAAAUUUUAACUUUUUCUUCUACAUUGUGUAUUUUUCCCCUCCGUCCUGAUAAUCUGGUCAUACCAAUUCACAACAGCCAGUAUGUUUCAGCACAUCCAGGAGUUUGGCUCAAAUGUCAUGAAGACCUUCGAUGAACUUGUGGCAGGAAUUGAUCCACGGAUUAAGGAUUACCCGCUGAUGCAGAGUCCUGUUCCAAUGACUGGGAUACUGCUGUGCUACCUGUUUUUCAUAAUGUACCUUGGACCUCGCAUAAUGGCCAAGCGGUCACCCUUCCAGCUCAAAGAAGCCAUGAUCAUUUACAACUUUCUGCUGGUGGCAUUGUCAAUAUUUAUUGUCUAUGAGUUUCUGAUGUCUGGCUGGGUCACAACGUACACCUGGAGAUGUGACGCAAUUGACACUUCUAACAGUCCCCAAGCUCUACGAAUGGUCAGAGUGGCAUGGCUCUUCUGGUUUUCAAAGAUCAUUGAGUUGAUGGACACAAUUUUCUUUGUGUUGAGGAAAAAACACAGCCAGAUUACGUUCUUGCACAUUUUCCAUCACUCCUUCAUGCCCUGGACCUGGUGGUGGGGAGUUGGCUACGCUCCCGGUGGAAUGGGAUCUUUCCAUGCCAUGGUGAACUGCUCCGUCCACGUCAUCAUGUAUUUCUACUACGGUCUUUCUGCUGCUGGUCCUCGCUUCCAGAAGUAUUUGUGGUGGAAGAAAUACAUGACUGCCAUUCAGCUGAUCCAGUUUGUCCUGGUGUCUCUCCACGCCACCCAGUAUUACUUCAUGGAAAGCUGCAACUACCAGUUCCCCAUAAUCAUUCACCUGGUCUGGAUCUACGGAACCUUGUUCUUCAUCCUCUUCUCCAACUUCUGGGUCCAGGCUUACGUGAAGGGCAAGCGGCUGCCAAAACAAGACAUUAAGUCACAUCAGAACGGCUCAGCCGUCUACACCAAUGGUAAGCACCUCGAAAACGGAAAAGUCCACGAAAAUGGCAAAUGCUACGAAAAUGGCACGAGCAACGGCAUCAUCAACGGAAGCACCAAUGGCAUGAGCAACGGCUCAGCUUACUAUGAAAAUGGACACACCCUUAAUGGCAAGAUGAAGAAGGCUUAGAGACUCUAGAGGGAAGCAACCUAGUCAACCUGUUAAAAUUACUACAAAUUCCAAAGAUUAUUAGACCGUUUUACAGCUUUUUAGUUUCUUGUGUAAAACAUGGAAGAGCGAUGUCGUGUCUAUGACUUCCAUAACUGGGGUUCCACAUUUGGUUUGUUGGUUUUGUUGCGUGGGGAGCCAUCUAUGAAACACAAUGUAUGAAGAGAAGAUGUCUUCACCUAAUUAAGUCUUCACUGAUCUUUGCAAGGAACCUUUUGUAGUUCACUAUGACAUCGGUGGCCUUUCAGCCCAUUUGCUGGCCUAAUUGACCCCUCUGUGGACAGACGACUUUACUGUUUCUAGUAAACUUGAAAAAAUAAAAUGUAAAUAGUUUUACAGUAAGAAAAAAAAAGAAACUAAUUGUGCUUUCUAAAUUUUGUUACUUUGUGUAUUUAAAAUUUAAUAGCAAAUAAAUUUUGUUUUAAAUUAUCUUUUA